AUGGUAUUGCCGCGUACUAGGGCUCUGAUUUCCGAGGCGCAGAAUGGUGCAUUUGUUCAAAUUGAAGGACAAGAGCCAUCUGCGGGACCACUCGUCCAAUCGACAAAGAUUUUCUUGGAAGUUGGUCUCAUCGGCAGCAUUCUGGAUGACUUUCCAGAUUUUUAUGUCGUCCGCAAACAUGGCACAAUCACAGUCCAACCCAUCUACACAAUCAUUGAUGAACAAGAGAAAGAGGGUUGGUCCGAGCACCGAGGCUUGUGGGACCCCACUCUCUAUGAAUGUGCACCUUGAUUGCUGUUCUUCUACGCAGACAAUUUGGGAGCGGCCGACACGGAAAUUUUCGGUCCAUUUGAUAAGUUUGCCACCGAUGCCCCUCAUUCUCAACUUGUGUAGGGGACGCUGGUGCGGAACACUGUCAAACGCCUUCCGGAAAUCAAUAUAGGCAACAUGCACGGUGUGUUUUGCGUCCAGUGCUCGUGUCCAACUUUGCAUUGUGUAUAGCAAGUUCGUAACACAUGAUCUUCCCCUACGGAAACCAUAUUGUGUAUUGGACAAGAGGUUGUGGGUUUCCAAGUAAGCCAUCAACUCCUUUUUGAUGAUUUUCUCCAUCACUUUGCAGCAGAUUGAUGUCAGACUGACGGGUCUGUAGUUUGUCGCCAGAGCACGACUACCGCUUUUGUAAAGGGGUGUAAUGUGGGCCGUCUUCCAGUCUGUGGGAAUAAUUCCAACAUCAAACGAUUUCUGGCACAGAAAGGAUAGUGGCUUGGCCAGCUGUUGGGCAAGCUCAAAGAGCAGUUUUGCUGGGAUCUCGUCCGGACCGGGAGAUUUACAUUCCUUCAAGCUUUUCAGUUCUUCCAAAAUCGCUUCUUCUCGAAACACAAUAUUAUUGAUAGUGUGAUCUCUCAUGUUCUCGGAAUAAGAUGGGGUAAAGUCUGCUUCUCUUGUGAAAACGGAUCGGAAAAAUUGAGAAAAGUGUUCAGCCUUAUUUGUACUGUCCGAUAUCUCCAAGCCGUCAUCACCGUCAUAACAGGAAUGGGAUUCCUAUUACGUGUGCUUUUCCACAAAUAGCUGUAGAGCAAUUUCGGAUUAUUAACGGCUCGGUGGAGCAAAGUACUCUCAACAUCCCGUCGCCUCCUGAAAAUCAGACUUUUCACCUUAUUUCUUUGAACUUUGUAUUCUUUAAACGCUUCAUUGUUGUUGUUCUCGAGAAAUUUCUUCCAUAACCUUCCUUUCUUGUUGAUAUCCUUUUUGAGUUCUCGUGUAAGCCACUGAGGGCGGUUGGAUGUCCUAGGCUUUGAUAAGGGACAGUGGUUCUUCAUUAGAUGCAGUAAACGAUCCUUGAAUAAAUUACAGUCCUCUUCAACGUUUCCAGAGAAGAGAACAUCCCAGUCUAUUUGUGAUGCCUCAGCUCUCAUCUGGCGAAAGUCCCCUUUCCAUAUAUUUGACCUCGUAUUGCCUUUUGUACACGGUUCAGAAUACAGCAAGUACUCCCAUAAAAGCACUACAUGAUCACUUCGACCGAGCGGGGGUAGGUAGUACACCUCGUCUAUACUGUCAGGAUCUUUGGUAAAAACGAGGUCCUGACAACUGGCCUGUUGCCCUCCACGAGCUCUAGUUGGAAACAGGACACGUUGCGUGAGUAGAGCUUCUAGGUUUGUCUUUGGUAGACGGUAAUCGAAGGUAUUCAUCGAGCACUUCGCAUGCAUAUCGCUCCAUUAAAUUCAGGGUGCAUUAAAAUCCCCCAUGAUAACAACGUCUGGUCGGCUGGCGAUCUCUUUUAUGCUUUUCAGUAGACAAGUAUCUGGGUUGGGAUCCGCCUGCGGGGGCCGGUAGAUAGUUACGAUUUCGAGGGACUGAGAUCCCCGUGCCUUUAUAGUCAGCCAAAUUGCCUCUGUGCGUUAGAAAUCUUGUCGGUCCUCUCACACACUGCUAAGUUGCUCUUGACAUACAUGGCAACUCCUCCACCCCGGCGGCCUCUCCUGUCUAUCCUCAACAAAUGGUAUCCUGUUAAUGCUACCUCGCAAUCACCAACGUCCUCUGACAGCCACGUUUCUGUUAUUGCUAUAACAUCGCGAAGAGUAUCGGCUACCUGUAUCCUCAGUUCGUCAAGCUUGGAAAACAGACUCUGAGCAUUGGUGUAAAAGAAUUUUAGUUUGCAACAUUCGACCGUGCUUUGUUCGGUUAGUCUCGGGUUUGCUAAUAUUAUGUUGUUGCCGCCAUUAUGAUGACUGGCUGGUUCCAAAACAACAUCGCGUUCCUCUGUAUCACUCCUCCCCUGAAAAUGGCCAAGUUGCUCUCCCGCUGCAAGUCUCCUCUUCAGCUCCGUUACCAAUUCGCGACGUUUCAGACGUUCCGCUGGAGAAUAGUCCGGCUGAAAAAACUUCCUUGUGAGAGUUUUGGAGGCUGCUUUUCCUGGACAGAAGUAAGCUAGCCUCCUCUUUACUGUUCAAAACAAUUUUCAGAGGUCGUGGCCGCACAGUUUCCGAUGUUUCGCUCACCUUCUUUCCUAUCCUGAAGGCUGCGCGAAUAGUGAUAUUUUCAUUCAAAUUAAGCAUUCUGUUCAGUAGGUGUUGAAGCAUAUUAAGGUCAGCGGAGAUCCUCUCCUUCGGGGUAGGAGCAUUCGACUCCGAUAGGCCCUGGACGACUACGCAGUGCUGACGAUCAAGGGGUUCAUUUUUUCUGUUUCCGGCGGCCUUGUCAGCUGAAGGUCUCAGAAGAUCCACCGGAGUCGUCUGGGGUUCUAUACUCCCGUUGUGGCGCUUACCCUUUCCAUCUUGCCAUGAGCCUGUUUCCUCACUUCCAACUGAGAGUCCUAUUGACCACGCGGAAUGGUUGAGAGAAGUUGAUGGUUCGCUUGGGUUGUCUUCCAUAGAAACAAGAGACUCCGUUGCUAUUUUCCCGUCGUCCUGGGUAUCGGCGCCCUUGUACAUAGGUUUUCUACAAUCUUUGUUCUUGGGCUGUUUUAGAGUUUUGCUCUUUCCCUUUUUCUUGUUAACUGUAGCGCUAUUCACCACGUUUUGCACACUAUCGUUCGCUUGCACGAGUUCCCUUAAAACAGUCAGCCCUUUUUCGAGUUUUUAGACUUUCAACAGAAUAAAGGAGCAUCCAGUGCACGGCUCGUGCUCGUAACUAACAGGUUUUGCUGUGAUAACGCUUUUAGCGCGCUUUGCGGGCCCCUGGUCGCAACUAUAAAGAGAGCGAGCGCUAAUCCUAGGUGGCAAGGCCUCCUCAAUAGACUUUCCUUCAUACAUAGUGUCGUUUGUACUACGAAUAAUGUUCACUCCUUUAUUUAUUUCAGUCUGCUGGGCGUGCGCCGAUAGUCUAGCGGUCAUCUCGCUGGUCACCCUACGACCUGGGUUCGAAUCCCGCUUGCGGCGAGUUUUUCGCACAUUGUCCUGAUGGUGUUUUGUCGAAUCCCAUUAUUAAUUCAAACGAUACGCAAGGGAUUGUAGGUAUGGACGGAGUACUUAAAGGUGUAGGAGAAGCUUUUUAACCAAGCCAACAAUAUGAAGUAAAUAUCAAACGACUCAGCCGCUUCUGGAUCUGGAGAGCCCCGCGGUGCUGUUGGCAGAGAAUUGAUACGAAGGAGUAUGGUCGUCCCAAGGAAAGUUCUGUCGGAGUUCUGAGUGGAUCGUUCGAGAAAUUGCUGAUAACGCUUCAAUUUCUUUAUCAAAAUGGGCCCGCAGAGCGUCCAGUAGGCAGAAAUCCCGGAAAAAGCAAAUCCCUCGGAGGUCGAAAAUUCCAAACCGAAUUCCUGAGUACACUUAAUGUUUUCAGCCAACUACCUGAGUGUUGAUUACUUCGGCGUUUAAAAUGAUAAGGUAAGUCGAAAUUUGUACUGACAAUUAAGAAUCUUCGUUGCCAACAUACCUAUAAGCAUAUAGGAGGCGCCUUUGACGAAGGUGAUUUUCGGAGCGGCAUUUACGAAGCCUUGGGCGCUGGUCGUUCUCGCGAGGGACCGGGAUGUUUUAGUACGUUUUGCUUUGGCAUUUUCCGUUUUUUCAUAUGAUAUUUCUAUCUUGUAAUCCACCCUUCUCCUUAUUGUCGCUCCAGAUUAACCGGCAAGUGCCAACACGGACCGUGUUAAUUUUUGCCAAUGGUUCGUUAACUAACGAAGACAAUUGCCUUCUGUUGAUAACUGCAGAUGUCCCGAAUAUAAUCUGUACAUAUGUAUUUCAACACGCUUUAACUUAUUUUCCAGGCCAAAAUGCGUAUGACUACAUGGGCAGCAUUUUUUGCAAUUAGCGUUAGUUAAAUCAUUCUAAAAGCGACGUUCUAUAUCCCUAGUAGCAGGGUUAUAUCUACUCUAUAUAGGGGACUCUAGAGCUUCCCCCCCUCUCUCUCUCUCUCUCUCUCUCUCUCUCUCUCUCACACAUUUAAUCGUUUGAUCAUCCAUUUCUUCUUGUGAGGAGGCCUACUGUGUUUUGGUCAGUAGUUCUGCGUCUUCCGUUCAUUGCAUAGGGUAGAGUUCUCGUGAGUCAUUUUGAAGGCCACAAUCGACAUUUAUUUCAUUCUUCCUGUAGAGUAAGGAGAAAUGUGCUUUUCCCGUACUUACAGGGCAGGUUAUCGAGGGGCGGUGAGUUUUAAAAUUAGCAUAUCUUAUUGUAAAUGUUGAGUUUAAAGCUACAAUUGAAGUCUAUCAGCACAUGUUAAUAUGAAUGUGGGGCUUGCUCUAUCUUGGAUAUUCUCAAGAGUCGUGUCGCUGGUCUCGUCUGAUAUUACUUUAUCACUGACCACAAAUGAUCCUCUAAUGGACUGGAUUUGAUCCUUUCCAAACGUGCUGGCACAACUGUUUAAACACUAAAACCGCCAGAUGGUGUUGAAUAUGAGGAGCGGUUUAUUAGCAAGGUCAACAAGGAUGAUGGUAGAAUAAUAAACGAAUGAAGAAUACACAAAAGACGUAUAUAUGUAUAAGUUAGAAAGGUGAAGUUCUUUGGGAAACAGCAAAAUUUUAUUGUGAAUUUUCGAGACUGGUUCCCCAGCUCGUCUUCAGACAACGUAGCACACUAGCCGGCAACUACCUUACGCAGACAGCUUGUGCACCCUAAGGACAGGGUCGGCUACCUCGAAAGAAAAGGCGUCGUCUACAAAAUCCCGUGUUCUAGUUGUGAUGCCGUUUAUUGUAGCCAAACUGGGAAAUCUGUCUCAACCCGUAUACAUGAGCAUCAGUUAGCGGUGAAGAGACGUGAACAUCUAUCCCAGGUGGCCAUGCACACACUAGACACUGGGCAUAAAUUCGCAUGGGAGAACACUCGCAUUGUUGGCGCCUGCCAAACAAGAAAAGGCUGCGAAUUCCUGGAGGCAAUGCACUCAGAUGAGGCAUGCAUCAACCGGCAUAUCGAUUUAGAUGCCACAUACAAAAUCGUUAAGGACAGAUUCAAACUGAGUCAGCCAAUCCCGAGAUGACAACUUUAGCCAAUCAUGGACUCCUUUUGCUAGACUCAGUCUAAAAGUUAAUUGUUUUUGCACACCCGUUGUCUGAAGACGAGCUGGGGAACCAGUCUCGAAGAUUCACAAUAAAACCUUGCUGUUUCCCAAAAAACUUCACCUUUCUAAUUAUAUUUCUUGGGAUGCCUGCUUUUCAAUCAAUAUGUAUAAAUAUCCGAUCUGCAGCGACAAAGAAUGACAGGUGGCGAGGCACUGAUGAACUUAGGUUCGAUGAAGUGCUUAUGACCCAUCUGGUAGACCCCAGUGGUGGACCAGCUGCGCCAGGUGCGUCUGAGCGCAUGUUUGUGUUUCCGGUACCAACUGCUGGUGGUCAGGGUUAUGAUUGGCUGAAUGAAGGCAAGCAAGCCCGAAACAGUGCUGUACCAAUCUACACCCCAGAUUCUGUCGUCUUCCCUCUGAAAUAUAUAUAUCUUCGGUUUUUGUUCGAGCGAGAAGGGUUUAUCUGACUUUAAAGUUCUGAUCAGCUUCAAGGCGAAACAAAGGGACGUAGAGCUAGAAACCGCCGCGGAUAGUGGGACACAGGCUCCGACGGUAGAUUGUAUAAUCAUAAAGACACAAAGUGGAUGAGGCAUUGUUUCUGAGCCGGAUUCAUGUGCCUUUCACACCCGUAAAACAAAAACAAAGAAAUUAGUUCAUUUGGCUCAGUCAGAGAUGGACCGGUCGCACUCUACUAGCCAAAAUCCCUGCCUCUGUACGGUUUUUGACAAGUAACUAUAUCACUUAACGUUUCCAUAUACGGUUUGACCUUCAGCGACUUUGAAUCUUGUCGCCGAAAGUGCCUAAUCUGUUACACGGUAUUGUGCUGAGUAGGGCACCCCUAAUUGUCCACCUGGAUUGAUCGAAGAAUCCAGUGUUCUUUAAUACCUUUAAAAAAGGCUUGACCAUCCUUUUAUGAGCAGCCGCUUAUUUGUUGCUAGGAGCCUUGAGAGAGGCCCCGAAAAGUCAGAAAUGACCCGAGUUGUCGAAUCUGACAAAACAUGAUUGAGAAGUGAGGCCGAGACGAACUCAGGCUGCAAGUGGAUAUUGGCCUCUUUUUUGGAUGUUUAGACAGUGUGUUGGAUAAGACGAACAUUUAGGUCCUCCGGGAGCGUUCAUUGAGUGUGCAGGACCGAUGACAAUACCUUUAAUUAUCAUGUUACCUUACUUGCCUGGCGCACUUGAUUAGACCUGUUACUGGGCGCUAAUCCUCUCCACUCCAAAAUUUCCGCAACGGACAAAUUCCAUGCUUGGACAGCGACAUUCUUUGAACUUUUCCAAUCUCAUCGGCGCACUCGCUUGCCCUCUGCGGGUGGAGCUAAGCAAGGAUGGUUGCGGAAAAUGUUUGUUGCUAGUUAACAUGAUUGCAUCCAACUGCAUGCCUGACACGUGCUGUGUUCGUUUCGGUUGUCAGCUUCGUCGACAGUAAGCUGCCCGGCCUUUAGGACUUCGUGUUCGUUCGCACUCGAUAUUUUAGGCCUUAUCAAAUUACUGUCGAUAACUACGCAGAGUACUUAUACAGUACAUGCGAGUUUUCAAAAAAGUGCUAACGAAAAAUUCUGAAAUGCGUUUCAGAUUCGGGACGAUUACGUAAGUAGGCGUGUAAUAUUAAUUAUAGUGACACAUAAUCCCGAGAUAUUUCAGUCACAUCAGGAUGCUGGCUUUGAAAGAGCUUCCUUUCGCCCGCCUGCAAAAACUACACUGAAAAACGGAUUUCUUAACUAGCGCUGAUUUCUCCCGCUGAUUUUCAAAGCUAUUAAAAGUUAAAAUAUAUUUCACAAAAAGUGUGCAGAAAUAAUCUUUCUUGCAUUCAGUUGUUAGUAAGUUAUGUCUAAAUUUUUUAAAAGGGUAAUUAUAGCACUUUAUAAGAUCGGGAAAUGCUCAUUGGUAGAGCAUCUUAUCUAUCCAUUUAUCUAGGCUGCUUGUAAAGGACACAAAAUGGCCACAUCUGCAAUAUUUAAUGAGCCCUAUGCGACGUCUCCCUAAUAGCGUAAAUAAAUGUGAGAUUUUAUUCACACGAAAAAUAUAAAACUUGUAGUUUUAAAACUGAGUAAAAGUGUAGUGGCAGAUCGGGUUCAAAAUUAUUCUAGAAUUGAAAAAAUUGUUAAAACCGGAAGACGCAAUUUUCUGCCAAAUAAGCUCGAGAAAAAAUACUUAUGUACAUUUUCUUCCAUAAUAUGCAUUAAAUCCUUAAGGGAAAUCGAAAAUCAUUGGAAGAAAUUUACAAUGCUUAAGUGGCCAUUUUACACGGAGUGUAGUUUUCCAGGUGAGCAGAAAAAUGUCGUUUUAAGGCCGGCAUCAUGACGUGAUUGCAAUAUUAUGGGAGUGUGCUGCGCGAUAAUUUAUGUUACAACCCCACUUAAGUAAUAUUUUCGAAUCAAAAGCAUAUUCCAGGAUUUUGGUUAACAUAUCGUGAGAUAGCACAUUUACUAUAUUUUCAUCCGAACUUUAAGUCUUCCAAUUUACCCAAAAUGUCGUGGUAUUUAUUUCCCUUGAAUUGCAUCGACUAUUAAGAUAGGUAGAUCCCUAUCCGUGAUGUACAUAUUUUACUUCCCCUUCUGGCUGAACCAACUUCCGAAGACACCAUUUACUUCAAUUAUUUAGUGUAAUGACGGCAUAACAGGUAUUUCUACUUGCUAACUUAGGGAAGAAAGUUCUGUGACCUUCUCCUAACAUAGUUAGAUUUCGUCAGGUUGUCCCUAUAAUCAAACUCAACAUUCCAAUUAUACCUGGCGCACUUUUUUCCAUCUUUCUUAACCCCGGCGCUUUCUCGCACUUUUGUGUUUGGAGAGUUAAAACUGUGAUUUAUCUCGCCUCUCAGACGAAUGA